GUCAGAUAGAUAUACAAGUUCUUUAGUUGUUUGGUGGCUCAAUGUAUGGCUAAAACAACCUGGUUGCAAUAUAUGGCUAAAACAAUUACGUAGGUAAUUUGGUACAAGACACGAGUUAGAACUUAGAACGGUGAUAGUAGGGACCAUGCGUUUGGGACCAUGGAUUUUUAGGGGCAUUGGCAUAGUAUAAUAGUAUAAUAUAAACAAUUCUUCUCAACAUAGACAAAUUGUGAAUUUUCAUUCUUAAAUUCACUGCAAAGUGCAAACCCACAAUAAACAACAAACAUGGGGUCUAAUACUACAGAUGAAAUUGAAGCCAACUUCAAAUUCAAUUCUGAUAAUAGGCUACAAGAACUCAAAGCAUUUGAUGAAACAAAAGCUGGUGUUAAAGGACUUGUUGAUAAAGGUAUUCUCAAAAUCCCAACCUUAUUUCAUAAUCCACCUCAUAAGUUUUCAAAGGCCACAAAUUCAACCAACAAAAAACAUACUAUUCCUGUUAUAGACUUUACAAAUAUUGGUAAAGACACAAAUGCAAGGCAAGAAAUUAUAAGCCAAGUAAGGGAAGCUUCUGAGACAUGGGGUUUCUUUCAAGUGAUCAAUCAUGGUAUUCCUUUGAAUCUUCUUGAGGAUAUGAAAGAUGGUGUAAUUAGAUUUCAUGAACAAGAUACUGAAGUGAAGAAAGUGAUGUAUACUAGAGAUCAAACAAGGCCUUUUCUUUAUAAUAGUAAUUUUGAUUUGUUUAGUUCACCAGCACCUAAUUGGAGGGAUACUUUUAUAUGCCACCUUGCUCCUAAUGCUCCCAAACCAGAAGAUUUGCCCUUAGUAUGCAGGGAUAUUAUUCUAGAAUAUGGAGCACAUGUAAUGAAACUUGGAAUUACACUCUUUGAAUUACUAUCAGAAGCCCUUGGAUUGAAUCCAAACCAUUUAAAAGACAUGGAUUGUUGUACGGGAAUGAUGUUACUUGGCCAUUACUAUCCUGCAUGUCCUGAACCAGAGUUAACUAUGGGAACCACACAACAUUCUGAUAGUAGUUUUCUCACAGUGCUUCUCCAAGAUUAUAUUGGUGGCCUUCAAAUUCUUCACCAGGACAAGUGGAUUGAUGUACCACCAAUACCUGGGGCUUUUGUUGUUAAUUUUGGUGAAGUUAUACAGCUGAUAACAAAUGACAGAUUCAAGAGUGCUGAACAUAGAGUACUGGCAAAUAGCAUUGCUCCAAGAAUAUCUGUUGCAUGUUUUUUCAGGGCAAGUCUUAGAGCACAGGAAAAGUUCUAUGGACCUAUAAAAGAAUUAUUAUCAGAAGAUAACCCUCCAAAAUAUAGAGAAACCACUUUUGAUGAUUAUUUAGCCUACUACAAUGGAAAAGGACUUGAUGGAACCUCUGCUCUUCAACAUUUCAAGCUUUGAGUUGGUUGUUGUGGAUUGAGCUUGUUUUUUAGCAUGAUAUAAAUGAAUAAACUAAAUUAGUUGGAAAACAAUAAUAUUUGCCAUGUUCAAUAUAAGGAAUUUCGAAAAUGCAGCUUCAAUUUAUGUGUAUGUCAUGUUCAUUUGUGGCAUAUCUAAAAUAAAGAGAAUAAAGCACUAUAAAAAUUAACUUUCUCUGUAAUCUUAUAAAAUACAACAUUUCUCUCCUAUAUUUUAGAGACCUGCAUACGCCCGCAUGCAACCGCCCAUGUCUAAUUUUUCGCAAUUGUUUACCCGAGACCUGAACCGCAUCGACCAAAUGCUUCAAUAUGUUGUCUGCUAUAUCGGUUUCGAGUCGGAUCGCGGGUCCGUGCUUAGCCCUACCUCUAUUUGUAUUGUUAUGUUAAAGCACCUGUAUAUUAUAUUCUAAAUCUGUAAUAUGAAAGUGUUAUGGUGAAUGAUUCAAGUACUUUAUAAUAAAAAAAGUCUUUAUUAUUGAGAUGUGUUAUUCCUUGUAUAUAAUUAUGUUUUUAUAAGGAUUAACUUGGUCCGGAUUUAGUCCCUUGAGUUUUGUAAAUUAAGUUUUCAUUAUAUAUAAUGUCAAGUAAUCGAGUCA